CGGGCAUCACAUCACAACAUCGACAGAACGUCAAGUCAUCCCGAAUAAAGCGGCUAUCCUUUGCAACUACAAUAUCAGCAUAAUGUCUCAACAGGAACCGGAUGAUUAUUAUGACCUUGGUUUCUUCCACCGGCCAGUGAGCACCACCAGCCAACAAGCCCAAGUCUGGUUCGACCGCGGCCUCGUUUGGACAUAUGCUUUCAACCACGAAGAAGCAGCCAACUGUUUCCAAAAGGCCAUCACAUAUGAUUCCACCUGUGCCAUGGCAUAUUGGGGCCUCGCAUACACGCUCGGUCCCAACUACAACAAACCGUGGCAAGCGUUUGACGAGCAAGAACUCACGGACGCGGUGCAGCGCACCUACCAUGCCGCCGCGGAGGCCCAGAAACACGCCACCAAGGCGGAACCAGUGGAAGUGGCACUCAUCGAGGCCAUGCAAUAUCGCUAUCCACGAAAUGUAGCACCCGAGGACUUUGCCCCUUGGAACAAGGAGUAUGCUGAUGCCAUGGCGUCUGUCUACCUACGCUUCCCCCAUGAUAUGGACAUUGUAGCCUUGUACGCGGACGCGCUGAUGAACUUGACCCCGUGGGCGCUGUGGGAUUUGCGCACUGGUCAAGCGGCAGCUGAGGCCCGUACGGUGGAUAUCAAGAAGGCUUUGGAUCUUGCACUGACCCAGGACGAGGCUUUACGUCAUCCGGGAAUCCUGCAUCUAUACAUCCACUUGAUGGAGAUGUCCAGUGAGCCGGAAGCGGCACUAAGAGCGGCCGACCAUCUGCGAGGCCUGGUGCCUGAUGCAGGCCAUCUCAACCACAUGCCGACUCAUCUGGAUAUUCUUUGUGGUGAUUAUAGACGGGCGAUUGCGUCGAACUCGGAUGCGAUUCGGGCGGAUGAGAAGUUUCUUGCCCGCGCGGGCGCGGUCAACUUCUAUACCCUGUAUCGGUCUCAUGAUUAUCAUUUCCGGGUCUAUGCGGCUAUGUUCGCGGGACAGUCGCGAGUUGCGUUGGACACGGUGAAGAGUCUGGAGUCGUCUAUUCCGGAAGAGCUGCUACGUAUCGAGUCCCCGCCGAUGGCUGACUGGUUGGAGAGCUUUGUAGGCAUGGGGGUACAUGUUCUGAUCCGCUUUGGCCGUUGGAAUGAUCUUCUCGACCUUAAAUACCCGCACGACACCCAGCUAUACUGCAACACAACGGCAAUGAUUCACUACGGAAAGGGGGUGGCGCUGGCUGCGCUUGGGCGAGUGGACGAGGCGAGCCAAGAGAGGAUGCUGUUCAAGGAGGCUGCCAAACAAGUACCACCCAGCCGGAUGCUUUUCACCAAUAAGUGUUCGGAUAUCCUGGCAGUGGCUGAAGCCAUGCUUGACGGGGAACUCGAGUAUCGCCGUGGCAAUUUCGAUGUGGCAUUUGACCAUUUGCGGCAAUCUAUCGCGUUGGAUGAUGACCUGCCAUAUGAUGAGCCGUGGGGCUGGAUGCAACCGACCCGCCAUGCAUACGGCGCGCUUCUGCUCGAGCAGGGGCAUGUUCAGGAGGCAGCUGCCGUGUAUCAGGCGGAUCUCGGAUUUGACGAUACCCUGCCUCGUGCAAGACAGCAUCCGAAGAAUGUCUGGGCGUUGCAUGGGUACUAUGAAUGCCUGACCAGACUGGGGCGAACGGCCGAAGCACAAAUAGUGAAGCCUCUGUUGAAGCAGGCAGUCGCAACGGCCGAUGUUCCGAUCCAGUCUUCGUGCUAUUGUCGCCAGGGAAAUGCGCUGCCUACAAAAGAGAACACACCGCUACCUUCUCGAUUCUAGGUUCUGCCGCUAUUGAAGC